AUGGCGUUCAAUCUGACUGUCUCAAACCUCCACCAUCACAUUGCCUACCAUGGGUCUUUUCGUGCUCUUUCGUGGGGCCAAAUCUCGCUAAUCGCAUUUGUGUCCUACGUUACACUCUGUUCAUUUCUUCGUUUCCGGCGCAUCAACAAGCUACGCCAGCGAUAUCCCUACCCGGAUCGUGCAUCCCUAGCGCAUAUGACGAACGAGGAUGCCCAGAUUAUAGUGCAAAACAUCUCUUCAUAUGAGUUUCCCUACUUUUAUGACCUUUCGCAGCGAUAUGCGUUAUUCAGGACCUACGCAGUGGAAAACAUAGCCAAGCUGCUUGUUUCCGUCAGUGACCUGAGCAAGUCCGACCAAGCUCCAAAGAGCUUUGCCAACUAUGCGCCUACCUCGUCGAUGCUUCGGAAGGCAGUAGCACGCAUGAACUACCUACAUGCUCCAUAUAUCAAGUCAGGAGGGAUUCUAAAUAAAGACCUCCUUUACGUUCUUUAUACUGCCAUGUCGGAACCCGAGAGGUUCAUGCGUCUGUACGAAUGGAGACCACUUUUGGAAAUGGAAGUUGCCGCAGUCGCCUCGGUAUGGAAAUACGUGGGAGACUUGAUGGACAUUGACUAUGAAGCAGAACUCGGUAAAAACCAGUGGAGAGAUGCAAUCGAGUUCCUGGACGACGUUUCACGAUGGGCAAGCAAAUACGAAGAGCAGUACAUGCGGCCGAUGGACGAGGUUGCGAAAUUGGGAUCUGUUCUGGUGGACUUGCUGUUGUCGGCCUACCCUAAAGCUUUACGGCCACUGGGAUAUCAGGUCGUGAUGGUGUUGAUGGGCGCGAGGUUGCGAUAUGCUUUCCGUUUCCCCGAGCCCGGCGUCGCCGUUUGCGCGCUCAGUUACACACUUCUCCUGCUACGGAAACUUUUCCUCCGAUAUCUCUCGCUGCCCAGAUUCUCCCGUGUAGUUUUUGUUACCGAACCGGAUCCGACAACAAAACGAAUGAAGCACCUCCAUUACUUGAAGGAGCCGUGGUAUACACCGGCGACUUUCUGGCUGCGCUGGGGACCAACUGCCUGGACUACGUGGGCGACGGGAGGCAUAGUCCCCGGCGACAACGCGGAGAUGAAGCCUGAAGGAUUUGUGUGGGAAGAUGUCGGGCCUCGAAGUAAGAUGGGAAGGAGUACUGAAGAGACGAAGAAGUGCCCAUUUGCUAUUCCGCAGUCUUGA